CACGCACGCGCGCACGCCGCGACUCGGGGAUCGCACCGCGCGAAGCGCCGCUCGUCCGCACUCGCCGUCAUGAGUCACAUAUUCGACGGCUACGAGAGAGAGUUCCUGGAGUACACCGCGUCCAUCAACCGCGCGACCGCGUCGCUGCCGUCCUUGGACGGAGCCGCGAAGAGCCAGAAGAUCGCGGAAGUCGACGCGGAAGUCGCGGAGGCGGAGGCGCUCGUCCGUCGCAUGGACCUCGAGGCGCGGUCGCUGCGAGACCCGACGGUGAAGACGCCCAUGCUCGCGAAGCUGAGGGACUACAAGUCCGAGCUCCAGCGGCUGAAACGCGAGAGCCAGGUGGCGGCGCGCGCGAUCAGUUCAUCGAACGCGCGGUCGCAGCUGCUCGCGGGCGCGGAGCUGGACGACAUGGGCGCGCCGACGUCGUCGUCGCAACGCGAACGCAUGCUGCAGUCGACGGCGCGGCUGGACAGCACGGGGGAUCGCAUACGGGAAGGGAAGAAGUCGCUGCUCGAGACGGAGGAGCUCGGGGUGAGCAUCCUGCAGGAUCUGCAUCGGCAGCGGGAGACGAUCAGCAGCGCGAGGGAGAACGUGCACGGGGCGGAUGAUAACAUCGCGAGGAGUAGGAAGAUUCUCGCGGCGAUGGGACGACGCGCGGCGGCGAACAAGUUGCUCCUGUACGGCAUCAUCGCGAUGCUGUUCUUCGCGAUUUGUUUCGUCGCGUACUUCAAGCUCAUCAAGUCAGACAACGACGGCGGUGACGGGGGCGGGGAGUGAUCGAAGGACGCGUCGCCGUCGCCGUUGCCGUUGCCGCGCGCGACCUAGGUAGCUCGAAACUUCCGCGAGGGUGAGAACUCUGACGAGAAACGAAAAAUAAAUUCGCG